AUGGAGGCAGAAGAAGGGAUGAGUUCAGGAGUUAGGGUGGGAGGAGUUGAAGCUCCAUCGGCUUAUCAUGGGGCUCCGAAUGCCGAAAACCCUACCCGGGUUGCAGGAAUGCCUGUAGCAGACGUAUCAGCGACGAAUGUGGGAGUUGAUGGGGCUAGAGUGGUAAGAGCUGAAGCUUCCUCGGCUUAUCAUGGGGCUCCGAAGAACGAAGACCCGACCCAGGUUGCAGGAAUGCCUCCAGCAAAAGAGGCAGAGACGAAUGUGGGAGAUGAUGGGGCUAAUGUGAAGAGGAAGCGGGGCAGACCAAGGAAAUAUGGCCCCGGCGGGACGGUGACAAUGGCAAUGUCACAAAUGCCAGGUUCACCACCUGCUUCAGGUACCGGUGGCAACUUAUCUUCGGGUGUGAGGGGAAGGGGGAGGGGGAGGGGGAGGGGAAGGGGAAGGGGGAGAGGGAGGGGGAGGGGACGGUCUGAUGGUUCAAAUGCCAAGCAGCGUGAGGCACCGGCAAUGGAAUCGGGUGGGGACUGGAGUGUAGUCGUGACUCCAUCUACAGAUUAUACGCCCCAUGUCAUCACUGCCGAACCUGGCGAGGAUCUUACAUUCAAGAUUAUAUCAGUAGCUGAACAAGGGCCAAGAGCCAUUUGGGUUAUAUCUGCAAAUGGAGCAGUUUCCAAUGUUAGACUGCGUCGACCUGAUACUGAUGAGGGCAGUAUAACACUUGAGGGUGUAUUUGAGAUAGCUCAUUUAUCUGGAUCGUUUAUGUUCUAUGACAAUCGAGGAACAAUUAGCGGCGGCUUGAGUGUCUCUCUGUCAGGUCCUAAUGGUUCUUGUAUAGGCGGAGCUGUUUGUGGAUCCUUGAUUGCUGCCGGUCAUGUCCAGGUCGUUGUUGGCAGUUUCAUACCUGGCAAGCCAGAUGUGUUACCAAAGGAGGUGACGAACCAAAACGCGGGUGAGCCACAACCAAACCUCGGAUCUUCGCCUCCUGGCCAAAGUGAAAACCGGGCACCUGCUUCCUAG